CGCCGCGCCUCGCCUCGCCGGCUGGAUCCCGGCUCCGCACAGCUGCGGGUCGGGGUCGUGUCUCCCGCAGAGCGGAGCCGGGCUCGGGCUCGGGCUCGGCGGGUGCUCGGAGCGGGUCAGGCAAAUGCUAACCAAUGCUCGCCCUAUACCAUGCACUAGCGGCGGCUGCACCUGUGCCGGCCUAGUCCGAGUAACCGGUGGCUGGAGGCGUUAAACCCUUUAACAGCUGCAAACCUGGCUUCAGGGCGUGCGGGGCCCCAGAAGGCUCCUCUGAGGAGGCUGCUGAGAGUUCUGUGCUAGCGCUGGACCUUCCAAAGAAGAACAUUUUGCCUUCUUCCUUUGUGCGGGAGGAACAAAGAAGAAAAGAAUAAAUGGACUUGCAAUAACUCCCAAGAGCACAGGCGUGUUUUCAGACAAGAGUCCUGCUGCCCUUCUGACACCUGCUUCAGUGUUAUCCUUGGAUCGUGGCUCAGCUCCCACCCCUGGUCUGUGGGGGACCCAGGCCACUCCAAAGCCUGCUCAUUGCAACCAGAAUUUUGGGUGAGAGAGGAAUUGUUGGCCCCUCAUGUAACAGCAGUUUCCCAAGAGCUGUCUUCUGGACCAGGGCUUGAUCUGAUUAUGAGUGACCAGCGGGGCCAUGUGAACAGCCUCUUCCUGAAUGAGGAAUCAGCCAAGCGUCUCAGCUCCAACAGCCGGGUGCAGCACUUCCAACAGGCAGUGCAGGAGCGGGCAGCACGGGUCAAGAAGCGGAUGCACAGCAUCACCAAAGACAGCGCCAAGGGCUUCCUCAGGAGAAAUGCCUUCGUCCUCUUCACCAUCACUGCUGUCCUACUGGGGAUCAUUUUGGCCUUUGCCCUCCGACCCUACAAGAUGACCUAUCGCCAGAUCAAGUAUUUCUCCUUCCCAGGAGAGCUGCUGAUGCGGAUGCUUCAGAUGCUGGUUCUUCCCCUCAUUGUCUCCAGCCUGGUCACAGGCAUGGCCUCACUGGAUGGCAAAGCCUCUGGGAAGAUGGGGCUGCGGGCCGUAGUCUACUACAUGGUGACCACCAUCAUAGCAGUCUUCAUCGGCAUCCUCAUGGUGAUCAUCAUCCAUCCAGGCAAAGGGUCCAAGGACAAACUGCACCGGGAGGGCAAGAUUGAGCAGGUGCAAACAACUGAUGCCUUCAUGGACCUGGUCAGGAACAUGUUCCCGCCGAACCUAGUAGAAGCCUGCUUCAAACAGUACAAGACACAGUACAGCACCAGGGUCUUCACCAGAACCAUCCUCCACAGCAGCAAUGUCACAGCAGGGACCACUGCCAACUCACAGGCUUCCAUGCCCGAGAAUGUCACCGGCACCCUGGAGAACGUCACACGCACCCUUAGGAGCCUGCAGGAAGUGCUGAGCUUUGAGGAAACCAUCCCCAUCCCUGGCUCGGCCAAUGGGGUGAAUGCGCUGGGCCUGGUGGUGUUCUCCGUGUGCUUUGGCCUGGUGAUUGGCAGCAUGAAGCAGAAGGGACGGGCCCUGCAGGAGUUCUUCAACUGCCUCAACGAAGCUAUCAUGAGGCUGGUGGCCAUUAUCAUCUGGUACGCUCCAGUCGGGAUCCUAUUCUUAAUCGCUGGCAAGAUUCUGGAGAUGGACGACUUAGCAGUGAUGGGGGGCCAGCUGGGAAUGUACACGCUCACCGUCAUCGUGGGGCUGCUCAUACAUUCCCUGUGUGUCCUGCCUCUGCUGUACUUCAUCGUCACCCACAAGAACCCGUGGGUGUUCAUCGCAGGCCUUCUGCAGGCCCUCAUCACCGCAUUGGGCACCUCUUCAAGCUCGGCCACGCUCCCCAUUACAUUCAGGUGCUUGGAAGAAAACAACGGGGUGGACAGGCGCAUCACCAGGUUCGUCCUGCCUGUAGGCGCGACCAUUAACAUGGAUGGCACGGCUCUAUAUGAGGCCCUGGCAGCCAUCUUCAUCGCACAAGUCAACAACUACGAGCUCGACUUCGGGCAAAUCAUCACAAUCAGCAUCACUGCCACUGCAGCCAGCAUUGGAGCGGCAGGCAUCCCCCAGGCAGGCCUGGUGACCAUGAUGAUUGUGCUGACGUCGGUGGGGCUGCCAACUGAGGACAUCACACUAAUCAUUGCGGUGGACUGGUUUCUGGACCGUCUGAGAACCACCACCAAUGUGCUGGGGGACUCCCUGGGAGCCGGGAUUGUGGAGCACCUGUCUCGGCAUGAGCUGGACGCACAGGACAGCGAGCUUGGGAAUUCUGUGAUUGAGGAGAAUGAGAAGCCCUACCACCUGAUCUACCAGGCGAACACCCACAAGCACCGCAGCGAGACAAUCAUGUGACACCAGGGAGCAGGGUUCAGAUUGAGCCUUUAAAAAGGUCAAGACUGGAAGACAAACCUCUCAGCAGUGGGGGAUGGAAAGAGCCAACUUAAGCUACAGAGAAAACAAAGACUUAACCCUUUCCUCACCUAGAGAGUUGGAUGUUCAUUGUGACCCUCCUCUUAGAGAAGCAGGACUGAGAGGUCCUGGCUUCGUGGUCUACUGCCCCACCCUGGACUAGACUAGGAGUGGGAGGAUGAUAGUAUUUAGAUUAGUAACUGUUUCUUCUCUGCACAUUGAGGCAGAAAGCUGGAGCAGCCUCUGUCUCCCAUGUCUAGACAUUGUCUGAGGCACCAUGUGUUUCAUUAGCGUCUUUCUUCACAUUUGUCUCUGCCUUUCUUUGUACACUUGGCAUGUGAAGGGUUAAGAACCAAGACAAUAGGCAGCAACUGGCUCCCAGAAUUAGUUGGUAUUUUGCAGUAACCAACUAGGAUCUGGUUGCUUCCAUGGUACGUCCCUAUCAUACAGCAGCAUGUUUCUUGGGAAGUCCUGGCUUUCUAGUUUCUAUUGUGAUCCAGGAAUCAGACCUGAGUAUGUUACAUUCAAAGGCAGAGUUGGCCUAGCAACUCCCCUGGUUCUCAGCUAAAGCACUACCCAACCAAUAACUGGAGCUAGAUUAGUGAUUUGAUUGUCACUGUGGCUGCAUAGAAGCAUUGUCACACAAUUCUUAAUGGCUUGUCCUUUUGCAGAGAUGCAGAGCCAAACAGCUGGUCAGGCUCCACGGGUCUGAGGAUCACCACUGGGAACCCCGUUUAUGUUAGCAAGGGGCACACAAGGAAUCAGUGGGGAGUCCCCAGAAGAACUCCCCAACUUCUCAAGUGGCAAUUAUAUUGAUAUUUAUAUCAGAAUAGCAGCAGUGACCUCAUAGCAGCCUGGGGUUCCUGAGGGCCUGUCUCGUGCAGUAUCCUGGCAACCUUGUUACAGGCAACUCUCGGGGCUGCAUGGCUUUCAAGGGGCUGGGAGACUGUGGAUAAUAUGGACAUUCUGACUUUUCUUUUACUCUUUAGUUUGGGACAAAAUAUCAUUACCUGUGAAUAUGGGCUAGGCUGGCAGAACCAGGAAGGGGUUGAAUGACUUCUGUUCAUCUGAAAAGCUGCUAGAGGUGGGCACACUAACACAGACAAAGACUUGAUUGACAUUGGUUAAAGCAUCUAGCAGUCUGUAGGUACUCCAGGUUCUUGUGGCCCAUCAGGACUUGGAUGGGAAAUCAGGCUCCUUCUAGGGGGUCGUGCCACUCCUUGAAAGUUGCCUUGAUAGCCAAUAGCUCCUUGUUCUGACUAUCCUAGCUUUUUUUCUGCCAGGGUUAGCUGCUGUGAAUAAAAGGCACAAGGGUGGAGUAGAGGUGGGGGGCUUGUUGACCUAUGGCCUCGAUUGUAAAUGGUUUAAGGGAAUCUGGGUGAAUCAGGAUGAGUGCUGAGGUGAACUUCUGUCGAUCAAAGGCCGACUGAGCCUCUGCACCAGACAAACCGGGGCUCCCUUUUACAUGAGCACCAUUAACCAUGCCGCCAGGCUAGAGAAUCCUUUCAUAAAUUGCCUGUAGAAACUGGCAAACCCCAGCAAUUACUGCAUCCUGCUACCUGCUUAGGCAUGGCCCAGUUGGAUAUUGCUGCCACCUGACAUGGGUCCAUGGUGAGUCUCUCGUGCAAGACGAUAUAUCCCAAGAAUUCCACUGUGUCUUUAUGGAACUCAAUUGUUCUCCACGCUGGAGAGGCAGGGCCAGACCUGAUCAAUUUGCAUGGGUUUGGGCACUGGAGAAAGGACUGGGGGGCGGGCUGGAGCCAGCAGGGCUGGUGGAUGCUGGGAGGACUAUAUUUUUUUCUUGGCAGAAUUUGGUCAGGCAGUCUGUUGAUCUUGAUGCAUAGGUCGACUAACCCAUCUGGUUAAUAGUCAUUUUAGGCCAGGCUGGAAAUGAGAAUUCUGGUCAGCCUCAUUGCACUCAGUGUCUGCUGCCAAGCAUUGGCACUCUAGCAGCUGGCUGGCAUCCCUGCUAACACCCGAAGUGCAGCUUCAGCUGCACACUUGAAGAUCACCGCCGUAGCUUGAAUGAAGUCCUUACAUUGUCCCAGAAUGGUUUCAGGAUUGGCGAUGCCAAGCUAGGGCCUCCCCAGUAAGCAGGCUAAUAAUCUGUCCCACUCUGGGUUGGUCAGUGGGGUACAUAGAAUCAUAGGGUUGGAACUGAGACCUCAGGAGGUCACCUAGUCCAGCCCCUAUCUCUGAGCGUAUCAGAAAUAGGAGCCAACAUUGAUUUAUUGCAAAGUAGCAGCUGUGUUAGUCUGUAUCCGCAAAAAGAACAGGAGUACUUGUGGCACCUUAGAGACUAACAUUUAUUUCAGCAUAAGCUUUCGUGGGCUGCAGCCCACUUCUUCAGAUGCAUAGCAUUGAUUUAGGAACCCAUGAAAUUUAUUGUGAUCCCCAUUGAAUUUAUCAGAUGGGGGAGCUUAGACUUACAGGUCAGAGCUGAAGGCAGUGUGGCUCAAGCUUGAAGGGUAGCACCCAGGGCCGGCACGGUCUGUAGGACUCUGGCUAGCUCUGUUAGAGAGAUAGUGGCCUCUGUAGGUUCUGCACUCUCUGCCUCAGCUCUAAUUCUCCUAUUGUUUAUAUUGGGCUGUCAGUGACCGGAACAGGGGUGGUUGGGCUUAGUGAUGGGAGCAGGACUAGGGCCUAGUGGUUAGGGCAGGAGGCGGGAGGGAGGGAGGAAUUGCAGCCCAGGGUCAGAGCUGCAGUACCUGGAGCAAGACAAGGCUGGGAAGAGCAGGCACAAGAGCUAUUGCAGGCGAAUGCUUUGAGUAGCUGCUGAACUGCUGCUGCUUCUGCUGGGCAUAAGAGCCAGUCUACUGACUUCUCCCACCAAUCCCGCGCAGUAGACGGACAGGCAGCCUACUACAGGCCAGCUGCACUCAGGAGGUUGCCGGAGAUUGGCUCAGCUGCAGGCCCUGGGUCCCACUAACCACUCAGACACAUGGCUGAGUGAAGGGGUAGUUUUACGAGGGAUGCGGAUACCCUAGGUAUAGAGGCUUAAGCAGUUACAGUUCAAGGUGUGUAAUAGAGGUUCCUGUUGGGGUCCCUGGCCAGUCCAGUCCAGUCCCAGGGCUCUUCUAGCCCACUGCUUAUGGUGCCCUCUCCAGUCCAGUCUCUACUCCAGCAAACUGGAGCUUGCAGGUUGCCAGGCCAGGCUCAGUUAGUGUCUCUCAUUGAGGCCUCUCUACACUGUCUCCCUGCCCAGCCACUGCCAC